GUCGCGGCUGCCGACGACGGAGAAGCAGCAGCCGAGGUGGGCGCCGACAAUGGCGCACAUCGCCUCCGCUUCGGGGACGCCGGGCUCAGCAGCGGGUCGAAAUCCAGAGUCCUUUUCAGAGUGGCUCCACACGCCAUGGCCGGGGCAGCCGAGGGCCGGGCUCGGGUGGGGUCGGGGAAGGGUGACGGGAGGGGAGGGCGAGGGAAGUGGGGGGAGAGCGGGACUCGAGGAGAGCCUAGCCGACGAGCUCAAGAGCAGAAAGACGAGUGCCGGAGCGCCGGUAAGGAGAUAAGAGCCGCGACCGCCGCUGCCUCCGCGGCAGGGGCAGUGGCCCGGCCGGCCCGGGCGAGAGCGGGAGGGGCGGUGGCGGCCGCUCACGACAGCCGCGUCAGGGGGGCUCUUCCGCCUCCUCAGGCGCAGCUCCCCCGGGAGAGGCUCUGGCCGCCCCCGCCGUCCGUUCGAGAUUUGCGCCGCGCCCGAGGCGCUCCUGCGCUGAGACCGGCUCCCUUCAGCAGUCGAUAACAGCCCGGUGAGGUAUGAGGCUGGAACACGACUACAAAUACGCCCGAGUUAAGUCAGAAGCUUGAGAGCGGCAGUCGAUGUGGAGGGAUUAGGAGGUGGCGGCAGCGGCAGGAGCUCCAGCAAACACGUCCAGCCGCUUCCCCCUCCACUGUACGACUAUUCCACCCGCCGCCGGCCCCAAUAUGGCGUCAAUAACAACGCCGCCGAUUCAAAUUCUGCGGCCUCAGGGCGCGUGCGCAUAGGGGGUGGACACCCCCGCAGGUGCGUUCUAGGAGUUGUAGUUUUUCACUGUGGAAGGGAAUAGGCGUGAAAAGCGAUUACGGAGGAGUCACGAAAACUACGACUCCCGUCAGUCAAGGCGCGCCAUUCCGAGUUCCGGGUUGGAAUUUAAAUCCCCUACGCAGCCUGAGUGUAAAAGGAACUAAGCAAAAGAGGAAAAAAAGAAAAGACUGUGUGAGAGACUGGGAGAGAGGAAAGCCAACUGGUGCGGAACAGGCUUAAAAGAUCUUUACAGUUCAGGACAUAGUUGUUCUGAUACCAUCCCUACAAUGAUUUAACAAACGGGAAAUAGAAAACUUAGCCAACCCAGCUUCCAGACAGAUUAAUUUCUGUAGUAAGAGUGCCAAAACCAAAACCUGUCAUAAUGAGAGGAUAGGAAAUAAUAUUAUGGAAUCUAUUUAGGACAGCAAGGGACAACAACAUAGUAUCAGAUUACAGGAUCCUUGAUUGAACUGGAUGCUUUGCCUUCCCAGAGAGGGAGAGAAACGGAGCAUGAGCAGAGAGGGGUGGAGAGAGAGACAACAGAAUCCAAAGCAGGCUCCAGGCUGCAACCUGUCAGCACAGAACCCAACGUGGGGCUCGAACUCAGGUCAGAAGAUCAUGACCUGCGCUGAAGUCGGACCCUUAACCUAGUGAGCCACCCAGGUGCACCAUUACUGAAUGUUUCUUAAGUAAACAUUUUUUAAUCACCCUGUCCUCCCAAUAGCCCACAUUAUCCUUGUGUUUUAAGAUAGAUAUUCACUAAAAUA